CCCUGAACUCACCUCACACUUCCCAAACCCCCAAAAUUUCCAGAAAAAAGGAAGCCCCUUUAUUAUUAUUUUCUGAAAAAACCACACACAAAAAAGAAAAAAAAAAUGGGGUUAUUUGUAUUGUUGGUCGUAGAACGUCACUCUCCCAAAAAAAACUCUUUUGUCUUUUAAUUUUGGAUAGUUUACUAUAUUUUGGUUCUUUCUUUUUUCGUUUCAUAUUUCAUUAUAAUGGGAAAGAAAAAGAAAAGUUCCCAACUUCAUCGUAAUCUCGACCUCCCUUCUCCUUCGGAGAACAUGCCGUGCUCACCGGGGACAGCGUUAUUAUCAAAAGAGCAUUCUUCAAAUUUGGAUGCUGGCAUUGAUGUUGGAAAUGGUUCAAUGAAGCUACUUAAUUCUAACUCUUCUGUUGCUCAUCACCAUUACAAUCUUGGGCGUUCGUUAUUCUUAAAAAGAUCACGCCAUUACUAUGGUCAUCACUACUCCCGCCGAAACUCCGGCAGCCUUUCAAAUCCAACAACUUCUCGUGGCUUGAUUAGUCCUUUACAUGAUGAGAGAUUAUCUUUCAAGUUUGCUCAAUAUAAACCCGAGUCUGGACGAGGUGCAGAUGGUGGGGAAAAAGCAUUUGGCAGACCGGAAAGAAUUAGGUCCACUUCAUUGGUGAUGGAUGCAGUAUUGCCGGACCAGGUGAAUGCGGUUUGUGGCUUAUGUCAAAAGCAUUUGAGACGGAAACCUUAUAUUCUCGGGAACACCCUCGCUUCUGGUGAAUUCUCUGUUGUGGCAGUUCUAGUUUGUGGCCACGUAUACCAUGUGGAUUGUUUGGAAAAGAGAACGAGUUUCGAGGAGAGGCGUGACCCGCGGUGUCCGUUAUGUUCCAGUUCACCGUCACAAAUUUGAUUCUUCUAGUGGAAAGAAGUGAUUGUACAUAUAUCUACAUGUUUUAUCGUACUAAUUUUCGAGAACUAUAGGAGACAAGUUAAUUAGGGCAUAAAUAUAGGAUGUUUGUUUAUGAUCUAAGCUGUAGUUUUACAGACUAGGAUCUUAACCAUGCAAUUGUAUUGCUAAUGUUCUAGUUGGCAGCCAUUAAUGCUUGAAAAAUGCUCAUUUUGUACCUUAAAAAACCUUUUCGCUGUUCUUGCAAGAAACAGCAGUAUAGUUUUUCUUAA